AAAGCCGCUGGAGGUAUCUCUGGGCCACAAGUAUCUAGCUGUACAUAAGUCAUUUUGACAACUGACGAAGAAGAGAGACGGCGAUAAUAAAAGGGAGAGUUAGCUUAGAGUUAAAAGAGAGAGCUAAGUGCCCUAUAACUCUGCAUGGCUGAUCACAAGAUGAUGGACCAUGAAGUGGCUGACCUCCCCAGUGGCCCCCUGGAUAUCUAUAGGAAAAAAGUCUCUUUCAGCUGGAAGGAUAUGCUCCGCUUCAUAGAUGGAGAGGAAAUGCUGGCAUUCAAGCAACAUGUGUUCAGGACGCUGGAGAAUGAUCCUCUGUUUGCCCGUCGGCCCGGUGAAGACGUCCCUGUUGAGAAAAUGAAAGAGCUGACUUUCCUAAGGGUGAAGCAGCUCUUCCGCUAUGACUUUGUGACAAAAGAAGAGGCAAUGGUCAAUCCCUGGAAGGCUGUGGUCCUCAAUGAGUGUCUGGGCAUGUACGACUUGGCCAUGGCUUCCAAGUUCUUCCUCAACAAAGGGAUGUUUGGAGCAACUAUUGCCAACUCAGGAUCAGAGAGACACCGCAAAUAUGUUGAAAACACUGAAGACAUGACGACAUUUGGAUGCUUUGCACUGACUGAAAUGAGUCAUGGCAGCAACACCAGAGCCAUGAGGACAACAGCCGUGUAUGACCCCUCCACCCAGGAGUUUGUGAUCAACUCUCCGGACUUUGAGGCUGCCAAGUUCUGGGUGGGGAACCUCGGUAAGACUGCCACCCAUGCUGUGGUGUUUGCUCAGCUCUACACACCUGACAAGGUGUGCCACGGCCUGCACUCCUUCAUUGUCCAGGUGAGAGAUCCCAAGACCCUACUGGCUCUGCCGGGUGUGCUGGUUGGAGACAUUGGCAAGAAGCUGGGCCAGAAUGGACUGGAUAAUGGGUUUGCUUUGUUCGACAAUGUGAGGAUCCCACGGGAGAACCUACUAAAUCAGACAGGAGAUGUUACUCCUAAUGGUCGCUACGUUACACCAUUCAAGGACCCCAACAGGCGUUUUGGGGCGUCUCUGGGUGCCCUGUCAGGUGGAAGGGUGUCCAUCACCAGGAUAGCUCUGGCCAACCUGAAGCUGGCCCUGGUUGUGGCCAUCCGCUUCUCAGCCACCAGGAGACAAUUUGGACCAAAAGACAAAGAGGAAGUUCCUGUUUUGGAGUACCAGUUGCAGCAAUGGCGUCUGAUCCCCUACCUGGCAGCAGCGUAUGCUCUUGAAUACUUCUCCAAAUCCAUCUUCAUGAACUUUGUUGAGUUCCAGGUUGGACAGAUUAUGAGAGACAAGGGUGAUAGCCAAGCAGAGAUGGGCAGGGAGAUCCAUGCCAUAGGCUGCUCCAGUAAACCACUGGGCUCAUGGACCGCUCAGAGGGGGAUCCAAGAAUGCAGGGAGGCCUGCGGUGGACAUGGAUACCUUGCCAUGAACCGCCUGGGUAAUUUGCGUGAUGACAAUGACCCAAACUGCACAUAUGAAGGAGACAACAAUGUGUUACUGCAGCAGACCAGCAACUACUUGCUCAGCUGGCUCCAUGCCAAGCACCAUGAUGGUGUGCGGAUUGAGUCUCCACUUCACACUGUAGAUUUCCUGGAUGAUUUCCACAAGAUUAUGGGAAACAAGUUUACAGCAACAACGAUGGAGGAGUGUAUGGACUCUGCAGUGCCACUGGCAGCUUAUAAGUGGCUGGUGUGUUUCCUGUUGGAGGAGAGUCAGAAGAGGCUAGAACAGCAGAGGGCCUCGGGCAAGGAUGAGUUUGAGGCUCGCAACAACAGUCAGGUUUAUUACUGCCGUUCCCUGGCCAUUGCCUACAUUGAACACACCUGCCUCCAGAGGUUUCAUGAGCAAACUGCUGAUCAGGACACACCAGCUUGUCUCAAACCAGUACUAAGCAAGCUCUGUGCUUUGUAUGGGCUAUGGAGCCUCAGCAGCCACAUGGCCACACUGUACCAGGGUAAUUACUUGAGUGGAAGGAAGCCAGCAGAGUUGGUUCAGAUGGGCAUUCUCACUCUCUGCUCCCAGCUGAAAAAUGAUGCAGUUGCAUUGGUGGAUGUUUUUGCACCUCCUGAUUUCAUCCUCAACUCAGCUAUUGGCAAUGCUGAUGGACAGCUUUACAAGAACCUGUGGUCAACAGUGAUACAGGGCAGCCAGGUGCUGGACCGCCCGUCCUGGUGGAAAGAGUUCUGCUCAGACAAACCUGUGGUUGGAUCCCUGCGUCCAAAACUCUAGAACCCAGACAUACUCUCUACUACAACCCUGGUUUCUGGACUAUCUGAAUUUUAUGUUUAAAAUUAGCAUUACUUAAAAUAUUCCAACAAUGCAAUAGUUAGGAGUGUACAUAAGACAUGUCAUUUCCAUAUGUACACUGCUUUUUGCCAAAAAAAACCACAGUGUAACACUGCCACUGUCAGUUUAGGCACAAAAUGACGAUUAUUAAAUGCAAAAAAUAAGUGCAAAAAAUCACAUAUACAGACUACUCUAUCAAGUGUUUAUUAUGUAGGGAAUAAUAAAUGAGUGAUUGAAAGAGGGCCAUCAGACAUAGAACCCGACAGAAUCAAGAAGCUAGUUGCCAUGUGCUGAUGGGCAAACUGUAAACUGAAUAUCCUUAGGUUUUGGACUGUUGGUUGGACAAAACAAGACAUUUGAUGACGUAGGUUAAUGUACAUCUUUCCCUAUUUUCUUACAUUUUAUCAACCACACAAUUUAUCAGUUAUUCAAAAAAAUGAUCUGCGGAUUAAUAGGUAAUUCAAAUAUUAAUCAGCUGCACCCCUAGUUGACUUUAGAUGCUAAAUGGAGUGCUCCUUAUUCUUCAGCACUACUGCUAACAAAACAUUGUCUUUAACUUCUGAACUACAGAUUCCGGCAGGCAUGUAUUAAGAAAACUGGAUACCAUGUUUCAUGAUCACAACCCAUUAAUUCUGUGGUAAGCAGCUCACCACACACAUAUCCCCAAAAAGUAUUUUCAGCUUCUUCAGGUUUCUGUGUUUUAUGGCCUAUAAAGCGUUAGAGUCGUUCUCUUCACAGGGUGACUUCCUGUCAGCUGUCUGCACACAUGAAUGGUACAAAACUAAUUGACAGAUAUAGCCUCUGCAAGACUUUUUUUAUUUUUAUCUUUAUGUGAUUAUACAAAGAGUAUUAUCAAAGUGGUUGUGACCCUAGGAAAAAUGUAUUCAUUGUUUUACAGCUGUUCCUUUUGUAAUGAUUGUGUACGGGAAAGAGGUUACUUGGGCCAAUAGUCAACAUGUGAUCCUACAAUUCUGAGUGUAGUCACUAUGCCAAAGCCACCUCAAAGCCCAGAGCUGGGCUUAGAAGCUUAGUUACAAGAGCAAGUUUGUUUUGCUCAGCUGUCAAUCAAAUGUACCGUGGCAAGCCCACUCAGAGGCUUGGAGACUAAAUGGGCAUUUCUGAUAUAUACUGAAAUACAUGAUUUCCUUCCUUUCAGUGAUUUAAAAAAUAUUUAUAGUAAAUUUAAAAUAAUUUGUCAUGAUUUUUGACUGCAAAAAGGGAUUACUUGUGAUUUCAGUUGGACUUAAUAUGUGCUUUUUUUUCACUAUGUCACCAUAGUUAUGUGUAGUGGAUAUUAUGAUGUAUUGAUUUAAAAGUCAAACACUGAUUAAAAAUGGCUUGAUUUCAUCUUUAAUGUAAAGCUGUUUCACAGGAAUUCAGUCACUGACAGUCAUGAUCAUCUGUUCUGUAACAUGUAACUGAUUAUGUGGAUUAAUAACCUUGUCACUUUUUUGUCCUUAACACAGCAGUAAAACUAUUUUACAACAGCAGGAAUUCCAGUGCAGUUAUGUUUCAGUUACAUUUUAAAAUCAUCUUUAUGGCCAUACAAAGUAUCACUAUAAGUGCCCAUAAAGGGAAAUAUUAACCAGGGACUGGGUACAAAAAGCAAAGUAAUUUUGAGUGCUGACUUCUGAUGCUGAAGUUACACAUACACAUACAUUUGUGGCUGUAAAGGCUGGUCCUAACAUUGUUCUUGUAACAUUAAUGUGUGUCUAUGUGUAGCUUCAGUGUUACAGUGUGGUAAGUUUAUGUCUGAGUCAGUUUUCUGCUUUAAAUCGGUACUCACGUUUAAAGAAAACUUUUCUUUUUUCACACAUUCUCAAUGUAACCAUAUUGUUGCUAUUUUGUUUGCACAGGUCUAUUUCGAUAUUCACAUUUUUUUUCUUAAAAUACACAUUUUUUUCUACAAAUUAAGUUUUUUUUUCACAGGUACAAGUAAACAACCACAAGCUUGCAUUCCUGAAUAUUAUUUCUUUUUUAUUUUUUUGCCCAUAUAAGUGAAUCUAAGUUUGAUUUUUACCUUAUUGUAUUUCAUAGUAGACUAAUGUGACGUGAUGUUGUUCACAUCACAUUCAAUUA